UCGCUCCAGUUGAUCAGUUGUCUGUCUGUUCCGGCAUCUGCUUGCUGAAGUGUGCGGAUUCCUUUUUCUCAAAGCGUGCGGAAGUUUGCUCCUGGUUCUCGCAGUUAAAGUUAUAACCGGUGUAGUUAAGUUUUAAGUUUGUUAAGUUUAACAGUUCCUCGCGGAAGUAAAAUCACAAAUAUAUCAAAAUGUUUUGGGGACUGAUUCUGAAGACCAACAAAAAGUACACCCAAACGGUGGAAAAGGCAUACCAUCUGUCCCAGGCCGCGCUGGAUCUUUCCAAGAGUGGCAACGAAGAUGUGCAGGUUAUGUUGACAUCGGAAGGCAAUACCUACCUGCUGUGCACGCUCCGGAAAUCUUUGCCGCAGAUCGCGCUGGAUCUGAACUUCGACAAGGGAGAUCAGAUCUGCCUCAGCACCAAGGGCGAGGGAAUCGUACAUCUGACCGGGUAUCUGGUGCCGGAUGAGGCUGACAUCUUCGGCGAUGAUGACGACGAUGAGGAGGAGGAAGAUGAGGAGCUGGAGGUGUCACCACAGAAAGGUGCUAAGGGCAAACAAGAACGCAUCGCCAAAAAGGUGGCAGAAAAGGUGAACGCCAAGGAAGUGCAACUGCAGGCCGAUGGGGAGGAAGACGAGAUGGAUGAGACCUUCGAGCUGCCGAAGGGUGCUGCCAAGAAUGGUGCCGGUGAAGAUUCCGACGACGAUGACGAUGAGGAUGAUGACGACGAGGACGACGAGGAGGAUGACUCGGACGAUGAUGAAGAGAUGGCCGAGGGUGGUAAAUUAGGUGCUGCCGAGGACAGUGACGAUGACGAUGACGACGAGGAUGAUGACGAUGAUGAGGACGACGAUGAGGACGAUGAAGAUGAUGAUGAAUCGGACGAGGAAGAGCAACCCAAGGCUAAGGUAGCGAAGCUGGAAAAGAAAUCAUCGAAACAAAACGGUUUGGAAAAUGGCAAUGCUUCGACCAAGGAAAUUAAGAAAGACGAGAAGGGCCAACAGAAAACUCCCGAAUCCAAAACCCGAACCCUCCAAGGCGGUCUGGUCGUCGAGGACCUGCGAGUCGGAAAUGGUGCUGAAGCUAAGCCCGGUAAGAAGAUUGCCGUCUACUACGAAGGCCGGCUAAAGAAGAACAAUAAGGUCUUCGAUUCGACCAACAAGGGACCCGGCUUCAAGUUCAGCCUGGGACGUGGAGAGGUGAUCAAGGGAUGGGACGUCGGCGUUGCCGGAAUGAAGGUCGGAGGCAAGCGACGACUCACAGUGCCACACCAGCUGGCCUACGGUACCCGGGGUAGCCCUCCAGUGAUCCCACCAAACAGCACGCUCGUGUUUGAUGUUGAACUGAAAAAUGUGUUUUAAGUAACUUUCUCCAACACGACCCCCAAUUUCCUAGCACUUAACCUAAUGAUGGUAAAGCAUCCUAGCGUAAGACAGUUAAAUGUAAACUAUAACAAAACAUUGUAACAAUUACAUACCGCGCCAAUCACAAAAGUAACUUUUUUAUUAUUCGUCACCGUUUGUUCGAACACACACGGCCAUAUACAUCAGUUGUUUUAUUAAAUCUUAAAAAAAAACAAUAUUAUACCGGAUUGAUUUUUGAAACGUUUAGCAGAUCAAUGGACAACCACGGGCAAUAAAAAUCGAAAGAUCCGGAUUUCCGUUUUGAUUGAGAGUUGUGAUAGCAAACCAAGAACUACUCUCGCCUAGUUGUGCUUCUUUUUGUUGUAGAAAAGUUGCAUUAUCGUUUCUUCCACGCAACAGAGAGGAAGGAGGAGUGAUGAUUGUUUUUUUUUAAUUUGCCGGAACCGAACGUAAGGAGUGAGUCAUGCUGAAUGAAACGAUAAGAGAGAGAAACAAGGGAUCCUAAUAAAAUUCAGUACUUUAAAAUUAAA